GGCUUUAUUUUUCGCAACGGAACGGGCAGAAAUCGUUUGUUAAUAUUAAGCAAAAAGUUUUUAAAAAUCAUUAAAUAAAUUUACACUACCCAAUGCAACUGAAGAACACGCGUAGCAAGAUGUGAGGUUUGUUUGAGCUCAGCGAACUCUCAGUCUCUCAAUAAAAAUUAAAAGAGCAAAGAAAGUUGUGCUGCUAUUUGCCUCCGCCUCCUCGCCUAUUGACCGACCCAGCGCGUCACCUACUCCACUGAGAAAAAAGUUCACCGAAAGAGAAUUGCUGCGUGAAAUCUUUGGAUAUAUUUUUUAAUAGAGCGAGAUAACCGAAACUAAGAGCUGCCUAAAUAGGGCGGGCCACGCCCACCCCUGCUACUCAACCAGCAAGAAAAUAAAACAGCAGAAAACACAUCACGUUACAUCUAACACACUUAUAGAGAAAUUUGGAUAAUAAGAUGGCCUACAGGAAACCAAACGAUUUGGAUGGCUUCAUUCAACAGAUGCCCAAAGCGGAUAUGCGAGUUAAAGUCCAAUUGGCUGAGGAUUUGGUUACAUUUUUAAGUGAUGAUACCAAUUCGAUACAAUGCACCGAUAUGGGCUUCCUUAUUGAUGGCCUUAUGCCCUGGCUAACUGGUAGUCAUUUCAAGAUAGCACAAAAAUCACUAGAAGCCUUCUCAGAGUUGAUAAAACGUUUGGGUACAGAUUUCAAUGCAUAUACAGCGACAGUUUUGCCCCAUGUGAUCGAUCGAUUGGGUGAUAAUCGGGAUACAGUGAGGGAGAAGGCUCAAUUGCUAUUGCGGGAUCUAAUGGAGCACAAAGUGCUAACACCUCAAGUACUAAUCGAUAAAUUGGCCACAAGUUGCUUUAAGCAUAAGAAUUCAAAGGUACGGGAAGAGUUCCUGCAGACAAUUGUUAAUGCACUGAAUGAAUAUGGCACCCAGCAGCUGAGCGUACGAACGUAUAUACCCCCGGUAUGUUCCCUGCUCGGUGAUCCCACAGUGAAUGUUCGUGAGGCGGCCAUACAGACGCUAGUUGAGAUCUAUAAACAUGUCGGUGAUCGCUUGAGGCCAGAUCUCAGACGUAUGGACGAUAUGCCAAAUUCGAAAUUAGCUCUACUCGAACAGAAAUUUGAUCAGGCCAAAAUCGAGGGUCUUCUACUACCAUCGGCUGUGAAAAAUGGUAAUGGCAAUGGCAAUGGCAAUGGAAAUGGUUUAGAUGAGGCCGAUAAUAUUGGCGUGCGAGAGACAAGGCCAACAAGGAUAGUGAAAAGGCAAUUAAAUUCAGCAACAGCCACAUUGAGAUCAAAGCCAAGUAUUACGGAUAUUAGCGGUGAUGCUGGAGCAGUGACUAUGGAAAUAUUUGAAGCCAGUUUUGAAUUAGUACCACAAUUGACCAUUUUUCAUGCUAAGGAUAUGGAUGAUAUAUAUAAGCAAAUUUUAAUUGUUAUAAGCGAUAAGAAUGCCGAUUGGGAGAAACGUGUCGAGGCACUAAAGAAAAUUCGUGCUCUACUCAUUCUCAAUUAUCAUCAAACGCAAACACAAUUUGUGGUCGUACAAUUGAAGGAGUUAUCGCUGAGUUUCUUGGAUAUCCUCAAAGAGGAGCUACGAUCCCAGGUUAUACGUGAAGCGUGUAUCACAAUUGCCUACAUGACCAAGGUGUUGAGACAAAAACUGGAUGCCUUCUGUUGGAGUAUAUUAGAGCAAUUGAUUAAUUUAAUACAGAAUAGUGCCAAGGUUAUAGCAUCGGCAUCGACAUUGGCUCUCAAGUAUAUUAUCAAGUAUACGCAUUCACCGAAACUAUUGAAAAUCUAUACGGAUACGCUGCAACAAUCAAAAUCGAAGGAUAUACGUUCCACGUUAUGUGAAUUGAUGGUCUUGCUCUUUGAGGAAUGGCAAACGAAGGCACUGGAAAGGCAUUCGACUGUCCUGAGAGACACAUUGAAGAAAUCAUUAAGCGAUGCUGAUUGUGAUGCCCGAAGACAUUCGAGAUGUGCCUAUUGGAUAUUUCGACGACAUUUCCCAGAAUUGGCUGAUCAGAUAUAUGGUUCCCUAGAUAUCGCUGCCCAGAGGGCAUUGGAAAAGGAAAGAGAUGGCGGCGGUGGCGGUGGUGGUGGUGGUGUCAGUGUCAUUCCAGCACCAGAGACACGUCGCACCGCCAGUCGUUUGGGACGUCCAAUCGGCUCCAGUUUACAAAAGGCCACACCCAAUAUGAGAUCAAUUUCAGCUGUAGAUACGGCUGCAGCUCAAAGAGCCAAGGCUCGAGCUCAAUACACACUCUAUACCAGGCAACAGCAAAAGAAACCACUGGCAGCCAUGAACUCGUUGCAAGCAGCAGCCCAUAAUGGCUCAUUACCAAGGCCAAGAUUAAAUUCACAGAGUGGAUCAACGCCCGCAACAACACCGGGCUCGGUGACGCCACGAACUCGAGGGCGAAGUGGUGUUAGUCAAUCUCAGCCGGGUUCUAGAUCCACAUCGCCAAGCACUAAGCUAAGAGAUCAUUAUGUUGGAGCCUAUUAUCGUGGUGGUGGUGGAGGAGGUAGUGGAGCAACUGGAGCCAUACCCAAAAAGGCAUCGGGCAUACCACGGAGUACAGCAAGUUCCCGAGAGACAAGUCCCACUAGAUUAGCGGGUGGUGGUAAUCUGAUGAAACGUAGUUUAUAUUCCGUUGGCUCUGGAUCGAGGCGAACACCCGAACGUAAUAAUCCACAACGACCCUUGGCAGCGGCUCGUCUGUUGGCCCAAUCCCGUGAAGCUGAAAAUAUCCUGGGUACAGAUGACGGCGGUGGUCAGAAUGAUUAUGUUUCCGGCGAUUAUAUGCGUUCGGGUGGCGUUCGCAUGGGUCGGAAACUCUUGGGACGUGAUGAGUCCGAUGAUAUUGAUUCAGAGGCAAGUUCUGUGUGCUCUGAACGUUCGUUUGACUCCAGCUAUACGCGUGGCAAUAAUUCCAAUUAUUCAUUAAGCGGCUCACGCACUCGCCUCGAUUGGAGUACCCAGAGGGCGCCAUUCGAUGACAUUGAAACGAUUAUUCAGUAUUGCGCUUCCAAUCAUUGGUCAGAGCGUAAGGAUGGCCUGAUCAGUUUAACCCAAUAUCUGGCCGAUGGCAAAGAAUUGACCCAACCCCAGUUGCAAUGCGUUUUGGAUAUGUUUCGUAAAAUGUUUAUGGAUAUACACACAAAAGUCUAUUCAUUAUUAUUGGAUACUGUCACCGAAUUGAUAUUGAAUCAUUCGCAGGAUUUACACGAUUGGCUAUUUAUAUUGCUGACGCGAUUAUUCAAUAAAUUGGGCACCGAUAUAUUAAAUUCAAUGCAUAGCAAAAUCUGGAAAACAUUGCAAGUGGUCCAUGAAUAUUUUCCCACGCAAUUGCAAUUGAAAGAGCUCUUCCGCAUCAUUUCCGAUUCAACGCAAACGCCCAAUCCAAAGACAAGAAUAGCUAUAUUGAAAUUCCUAACCGAUUUGGCCAAUACGUAUUGUAAAUCAAGUGAUUUUCCGAAUGAACAAAAUCAACAAGCCUGCGAGCGUACUGUCUUGAAAUUGGCUCAAUUAUCAUCCGAUCAAAAAUCAAUUGAAUUACGUUCACAGGCACGUAGCUGUUUGGUGGCAUUGUAUAAUCUGAAUACCCCACAAAUGACAAAACUUUUGGCCAAUUUACCCAAGGGCUAUCAGGAUUCGGCACGAUUGUGCAUACAAAAUCAUAUGCGUCGUCAGAGUACGGGUAAUUCGGGUAAUAAUUCACCCACAUCAUCGCCAUUGAGUAGCAGCAGUCCCAAGCCGUUGCAGAGUCCAUCGGUUGGGCCGUUUAGUUCGCUUCAAUUGAAUACGUCAGCAACAAUCGGAGGGGUAGGAGGAGGAGGAGCCACAACAACAACAACAACAACUACAACUAGUCCACGCUCACGUCAAUCAUCGGUUGAACAAGAAAUGCUCUUCUCAUCCGAAUUGGAAGUCGUUCAGCAUAAUAUACAAAAAACAUCCGAGGAAAUACGUUCCUGUUUUGGUCAACAAUAUCAUUCGUUGGCACCAAAUGGCUUUGGCAAUGGCCAUCAUUUGCAAUAUAACAAUGAUCAUCAACAACAACAGCAUCCUUCUUCUCAUCAUCAACAGAUGCAGCAACAGGAUUCGUGUGCAUCUCUCUCAUCGAAUUCAAAGACCCAAUCUUCGGCAAAUACCACACAGUCGAAUACACCAGAAUCGGCGACAAUGCGUUUAGAUAAUUUGGAUCGUAAUAAAUCACCGCCACCACAUCAAACCGGCUCCGGCGGCUCUGGAUCAGCAUCCGGUGAGGGUAAACUCUUGAUAUCGCUGAUUAUUAGCGAUAAUGGUGAAUUAAUAUUACCCAACGAUGUGCCCGAAAGUGUUGUCAUUCGUCAGGCGGUGAGAUUAACCAAAGAUCAACCAGUCGAUCAAAUAUGCUCAACCCUAUCCAAUUUGGCCAUAUGCAUACGUGGAGGAAAUUGUGAAUUGCCAAAUAAUAAUUUCAAAUCAAUAAUGCGCAUGCUACUCAAUAUCCUGGAGGCAGAUGAUACCGAUGUCGUCAUAGCCGGUCUAAAUGUCCUGAGCAAAAUAAUGCGCAGCGAUAAGAUGCGUCAUCAGUGGAUGAAUUUCUUGGAAUUAAUCCUAUUGAAAAUCAUUCAAUGCUAUCAGCAUAGUAAAGAGGCAUUACGCGAAAUCGAUAAUAUGAUACCGCGCAUUGCGCCAGCAUUGCCUUUAGAUUUAUCCAUUAAUAUUGUGAAUCCUGUCAUUGCCACUGGCCAAUUUCCGGCUAAUCUAUGCGCCAUCAAAUUGCUAUUGGAGGUCACCGAACAUCAUGGAGCUGAUAUAACAGAUGCCCAUUUGGAUAUGGUAUUCCCGAAUUUGGCCCGAUCGGCCGACGAUCAACAGUCAAUGGUACGCAAAGCGGCCGUCUUUUGUAUAGUCAAACUGUACAUCGUUCUCGGCGAGGAGAAGGUUAAACCGAAGCUAUCCGUAUUGAAUCCAAGCAAAGUUCGUUUGCUUAAUGUUUACAUUGAGAAGCAAAAGCAGAAUUCAUCAGGUGGCGGCGGCGGCGGCGGAUCAUCAACCAAGAAUUCCUCAGCAGCCUCAUCAUCAUGAUUAAGGGGCAUAUCACCGGGACGCCAUUAUUCAUACAAAGACACCAUCGGCGAUCGUGAACGUGAACGUGAUCCAUUGUCAGGCGUUAGCUUAGGACGAAAGUAGGCAAAAAAAAAAAACCAACAAACAACAAGAAGAAAGAAAAACAAGAAAAACAAAAAAAUAUAUAACAAAUAACAAAAAUAAGAAGGAAAAUAAUACAGACAUUUAAUGCUAUAUAUAUAUAUAUAAAAAGAAACAAAAAAUAUAUUUAAUACAAUUAACUAAUUAUAUAGUCAUCUAAAACGGGGGAAAAAAAGAAACAAAAGCGAACGAAAAGAAACUGACAAAAAGAGAAAGAAGAAAUGAUUGUGUAUUUGUUUAAACUUCCAACCUUAACCCGACUCUCGACCUACUCUUAGAACCCUCACCCUCCCCCCCCACCCUUCCGGCCUCCACUACCCCCACCCUCACGCCAGCUAAGCAAGAAAAUAAGAACUAAGAAGAACAACAAAAACGUAAAGAAAUUAUUUAUAACAAAAUUGUAACUGAUUGUAAUAUGCAUAUAGAUUAUGACGAGAUAAAGAGAGACAGACAGACAGAAAGAGAGAGAGAGAAAUUAUUAGACACAACUUCAAUUUUUCCCCCACUUUUUCUUUCGUUUGACUUUUUGCACUAAUUGCUUUGCUUUUGGACACCUUUAAAACGGUUUAAAACAUUAUUUAAAUAUUAAUCUAAGAAGUCAACUGAUUAUCCAUCUCCCUAUCUCUCUUUCUAUCUCGGCCUCACUCUCUAACUCCUUUUGUUAAACAAAUAAUUUCGCUGACUCAAUUAUUGUGUGUGUAUG